CCCCGCGGGGCCGCGGCUGUAACGGUCCCGCUGGUGGUACUGCCCCCCCCCUCCCUCCCCCCUUUCCCAUUCCCGGCUGGCGGCUGCGGGAGCAGCGGGAAGAGGAGGAGGAGGAGGAAAGAGAGAGGUGCUGUACCGGCACAGGGGCCGCCGCCGCCCGAGCAGCCGCAGAGUUCCUGGUCUUCCACCAUGAAUCCUGUUUACAGCCCCGUCCAACCGGGGGCUCCCUAUGGAAACCCGAAGAACAUGGCAUACACAGGUUAUCCCACGGGAUAUCCCACGGCUGCCCCGGCCUACAACCCCAACAUGUACCCGACCAGCAGCCCCGGCUACGCCCCAGCCACCCUCCUGAUGAAGCAAGCCUGGCCUCAGACCUCCUCGUCCUGUGCCACCGAGGGCACCUUCCACCUCCCUGUGGACACUGGCACCGAGAACAGAACCUACCAGGCCUCUUCUGCAGCUUUCAGAUACACCGCAGGGACUCCCUACAAGGUGCCACCGACCCAGAGUAACAACGCUCCUCCUCCCUACUCGCCGUCUCCCAACCCAUACCAGACCGCCAUGUACCCCAUCCGAAGUGCCUACCCCCAGCAGAACCUGUACACACAGGGAGCUUAUUACACCCAGCCGGUGUACGCGGCGCAGCCCCACGUCAUCCAUCACACCACCGUGGUCCAGCCCAACAGUAUCCCGUCGGCCAUCUAUCCCGCUCCGGUGGCCGCGCCCAGGACCAACGGAGUGGCCAUGGGAAUGGUCGCCGGGACCACCAUGGCCAUGUCAGCAGGAACCUUGUUGACCACCCCCCAACACACCGCCAUCGGAGCACAUCCCGUGUCCGUGCCAACGUACAGGGCUCAAGGAACCCCCACCUACAGCUACGUACCUCCACACUGGUAAUCCACUGGCCAAUCCAUAUCCGGAAUCAAACAUUGUAUGCAACUCCACAAGUCUUACAUCGGUGCCCCGGCCCCUGGGCCGCAGCACCUCGUCUGUUUGCAAGAACAAAACUCAACAAACCGAGUGCAAGGGUCACUUUAUGCAUCCUUUAGUGGUUUUUGUAAAAGCUGCUUUUUCUAAUCUUCUGCCUCUCUUUGAUUUCCCCCCCCCCCGUCCCCCCCUCCCACAUAAAUCGUGUAACACACAUGACUGACACCGAGCAAUAGUAAAGUUCUCUCUCUCUCUUUGGUCCUUGGAAAGCUCAGAAUCUUCACUUAUGCCAGCUGAGUGGUGCAAAGAUCCCCCCCACUUCGUGUUCUUUUGGGUUCUCCUUCUGUCGUCGUCGUCGUUGCCCGAGCCUAGAUUUGCAGCGUGGUUGAUGUUCAGGGGACUGUGAAAAGCACAGCGCUGGUUUUUCUUUAGACAGGCAGGUUUGUUCCUGUUUUUUUUGGGUUUUUUUUUAGUCGGAGAUGAUCAAUUAUUCAAUCUUCCGUCACGUAUUCCGAGCAAAAUUGGUGUCUUCCAGAAUAGCUGUCGUGGUAGGUUCGAAAUCUGCAGUGGAAUUCUGAACUCAUCCCUUCUUUUUUUGUAGGAGUAAGAGGAUAUAAAUGUGGGUAGCGCUUUUUUUUUGUCGUAGGGAGGGCGAGGACUGGUCACCGGCGGGGGCCUUGGGCUGCUCUCCCAACUGGGAAAAUGGAUGGUGGCUGAUGGGAAGGGACACAUGCCCUGGGAGCAGCUUGGGAAAACGAGGUGCUCCCCGUCAGCCACGUCCUGGGGCUGCGGGAGGGAGAAGGGGAGAGGUGGGGAAGGAGGCAAGGAGAUGGCCCAGGGUUGGUCUGAAGAGCUUCUCCAGGUCCAAAGGUUGGUCUGAAGGGCUUCUUCAGAUCCAAGGUUGGUCUGGAGAGCUCAGGAUAUGGUCUGAAGAGCUUUUCCAAGCUCUGGAGAGCUCUGAGUUCAGUGGUUGGUCCGAAGAGCUUCUCUAGAUCCAAGGUUGGUCUGAAGAGCUUCUCUGAGUUCAGUGUUUGUUCUGAAGAGCUUCUCCAGGUCCAAGGUUGGUCUAAAGAGCUUCUCUAGAUCCAGGAGUUGGUCUGAAGAGCUUCUCCAGAGCAUGGUGGUGUGGGAAAAGAGGGCAUCUGGUUGAUGGAGACGAGUCUUCAGGGCAGGGUGAGGGGAAGAGUGGGUGGCUUCACCCUCCACCCGUGUCACUGGCAGGGCUGAGACCAAACUUGAGGGUUGAGGUGCCCCCGCCCAUUCCUUGGGCUCUGAGACUUCCAGGAGAAAUGUCCAUCCAAGCACAAACACCAGCACCGUGGAGAAGGGCCGGAAGGGGUGAGAAUUCUGGCUGCUCUGCCGGGGGAGAUGUGGGAGGAGAGGAAGCAAUAGCAAUAAACACGUCGCCUUCCUCCCGGGAAGCAAAGGUGGGAGCAGGGAAGGGAUCCCCAGGUGACAUGGGGCAGGGUGGGGGACGGUGGUCACACGCAGGCUGUGGGCACCAGGGGGAUUCCAGGGGGUUUGGCUCAGCCAGGGACACAAGGACACGAAGAUGUCCCACCUUGAGGUGUCCCAGGAGAGCAAUACGUUGUCUCGAGGGCAGCAGAGGGAGUUUGUGUUUGCAGACAACUUGUGGCCAGUUUAUUUUUAAACCCUUCCCGCUAAACCCAGCUUAGAAACGAGGGUUUGCUUAUUUAUUUCUCUUUUCCAAGGCGAAACACUUGGUUGGGUUUUGGUUUUUCCCUCAACGUGCCAAAAGUGUUCCCCGUGGGCAACUGUCCCGCCCCUUGGGCUCCGAGGCUGUCAAAUCCAGAGCCUUUGGAGAGGUCAGGUUUGGAGCUGGGGAUGGGGAUCCCUCAGGGCACUGCCUGCCUUGGGUUUCUGACCCAUGUGUGGUGUUGAGUCAGCGUUGGGUGCUCUGCUUUGGUCGUGCCUGGAUCACGUCUCCUGAUGGACCUGAGGGCUCUGGAGGCUCACCUGGACCCUCCAUGGUGGUGUAGAGGUCAGGCACGAGGGCUUUUUGGAAGAGAAGGUGACCUGUUGUUGUUGCUUUUGGUGGUGUCACCCAUCUUGGCUUCUGCUGCCACUGGGAGGAGCUCCUGGAGCUCCUCGAGUGUGAACCAGAUGGGGAGGAAGAAGCUUAGGGAUCCAGGAGGACUUUUCCAGCCACUGUUUGCUCUGUCGGGUUGGGUGUUGGCAGCAGCACCUCUGUGUGGGGUUGUUUGGUUGGUUCUGCUGGUUUUUAAUGGAAGUGCUGCUGGAUUUUUAAUGGAAAUCCAGAGCAAAGCCCUGGUUCACCUCCCCAAGCUCGAGGGGACACCCCUGUGGGAUGGGGAAGGUGCACCCUUGGGCUGCACUUUGGGAAGGAAAGGAGAAGGAGAAAAGGGUCCAACAAGCUUUGUGAUCAGAGCCCAGGCUGUGCAGAGGACCCUUCCCAGCAGGCACCACCUCCCACUAUCCCAGACACCCUUCAGGACUUUAGGGACAACCCCUAAAAUUUUGGCCCGUGGCUGGGAAGGAAUUGUUGGGCUGCCUCCUGAAAGGAAAGAACACCAAAAGUGGGGAGGAAGCUCCAGGAGCUGAACAUGGAGGGUCACCCAGUGUUCCCACUCAGAUGGGCAGUUGGGUUUGAGCCCCUUUGAGCAGAUCAAGAGCAGCUCCAAUGCUCCUCACCCUGUUAUUCCCAGGCAGAAAUCCUGAUUAACUCAGCCGAGCGCGGAGAGGGGAAAUAUUUGGCACCUCUUGGGCCAGAGGCUUCACUGAGGACCUUUGGUACCCAGGGCUGGGUUAGGCUCGGGCCACCACGUGGCUCUGGGGCCACCACAUGGCUCUGGGGCCACCACUUGGCUCUGGGGCCUCCACACAAUGCCGGGCUUGGGAAGCUCCUUCCCGAGGUGGCUCCGUGGGGCUGUGCUGGUGGGGAGACGCUCCUGCCCUUCCCUUGAUCCCAAGCCCUCUCCUUGGUCAAGUCAUGGCUUGAGGGAAGGUCCUGGGGAGGUCACAGUCCCCCUUGGGUGGGGACAGUGCUGGGGGGCCACCAGCUUCCCAAAUAUUUCAGCUUUGCUGAUGUUGGUUAUGGAAAAGGGUUUUCCAUCACCCCGGGAUUAGUGGCGAAGAGCAGGAGGGGUUAAACCAUCCAGGGAAGUGUCUGAGAUGAAAAUUCCAGCUAAAGAGGAGGGAAAAUAACUCCCAACCUGCUGUUCCCACCAUUAACCCAUCCCUGCCUUUAUCUUGGCUUUAAAACACCAGCUCUAGUGUGAGAUUUGGGGGGAAAAAAUAGGAAUAUUAGUCCUGGUGGUGACACCCCCCCUUGGAGCCUGAACCCUUCAUGCCUCCAAGUGGCUGAGCCCUCCAGGCAAGGAUUUGCUCCUGGAUUUUAUGGAUAACGAAUAACCCAGUUUUUGCAGUUCCAGGAUGGAAUUACCUUGGAGUGUUAAAAUUUAAGGGGUUUGCUUUAACGCUGGAUGUUCGGAGGAUCAGGUUUUCCCGCAGCCACUGGAAUAUGGUCCUUCCCAGAGCCCCCUCCCACCCUGUUUGCCAGGCCCUGCGUUCCCCCAGGGAAUUUGGGACGACCUGGUUCCCAGCUGGAGGGCGUGAAAUCGGAUCUUGCUUUUUUCAGUGGGGUGGAAAACCCACAUUUGGGGCUUUAUUUUUGAUAGGAAAAUCCAACCAGCCAACAAGAGCAAUAAGAGCCGCUGGAUGCCCAUAAAUCCAGGGGGUUUUGGGGGGAGUUUGGGCUUAUUUUUUAAUUGCCAGUAUUUUCAGGCCCUCCAACUGUUGUUCCCAAAACAUGGCGACCCUCUGCCCAUCUUCCCUUGGCUUUGCCAGGAGCUCCUGAGGCUGGAGCAGCUUCCAAAUAUUCUCUGCCGUGUGCUGGCAUUCCCAUAGGGAA